AUGCACCGCAACCACCCGACGGAGAAACGGGAGAUGCCGCGGGGAGCGCGGCGGGAUCGGAGCACAAUUCCGCGCAAGCGCAAGUGGAAUCCCUCCCAAGCGGCGCAACUGGAGCGCGCAUGCCCUGGUGGGGCGCGCCGCUUCUCUGCCUCGCGCUCCUGGCGACUGCAAGCGUCGUCGCUCGUGCUCCUCCCAGGCUUCUUAUUCGAGCUCAUCCAGUUCCUGCUGACGUGGCGCAGUCAGCGCAGUCGCCGCGAGCGCAUCCUCUCUCGAACCACCGCACAUUCAAUCGGAGAAUCUCUUAACGAAACCGAAUCUGCGCGUAUCCUUUCCGAGGAGGAUCCCGAUAUUCCGGAACUCGAACAGCAGUUGCAGCAGCACGCUUCUACCACGCCAAUCAGCCAACGCAGCCAACGCGACGAUACUUCCCCCUUACCUCAACCGCACACUACCCUCACCUCCCCUCCACUCCCCCCUCCUCUCACCCUCGUCCUCCUCCUCCUCCUCUCCGCGUGCGCACUCGCCCUCCAUUUCGCGCUCUGGAUUCUCUCCCUGCGUCUCACCUCCCUCGCGCACUCCCUCCUCUUCGUCUCCACGCCUCCGCUCCUCCUCGCGCUCGCGCAUCUCGUCUCCGGCGCGCCCCUCUCGCGCGCAGAAGCGCUGGGGACGCUGCUGGGGGGGGUGGGUGCGGCGGUAGUGGCGCUGGGGCGGAGUGCGGGGAUCAGCGGAGGCAGGAGCGGUGCUGGCAGGAGUUUGACCGGCGUUAGCUUGGGCAGCGGUGCUGGUGUCAGUGUUGAAAGCAGCAACAGCGUUGUUAUUGGUGGUAGUGCUGCUGGUGGUGGUGGCUUUGGUAGCGGUGGUUCUCUUGGUGGUGGUAAUAAUAACGAUGACGAUGCUGUAUCCAUGCAAGGGGAUGUGGCAGCACUGCUAGCAGCAGCAGCAUUCGUGGUGUAUGUGUGGCCCCUUGGCUGGCUCUCUCCCCCGUUCCUCGCACCCACGCUCUUCCUCGCCCUGGGCCCGGGGUACAUGGGCCACACGGGGCUCAACGCUCUCCUGCGCUACACCACACCGCUUGUCAUUGCCAUUGCAAUCACCGUCGAGCCCCCGCUCGGCUCGCUCAUUGGCUGGGCCAUCGGCCAGUCAGGCGCUCCAGAUGCUGCAACGUGGGUUGGGGGGGCGCUGAUGGUGGGUGCCACGCUCUGGGUGGCACUUGAAGCAGAGCGGGCGAGAGGGCGGGAAUGA